UGCUUUGCACUAAGCUCCUCCCUUUAUAAAGAUGUUUUCCCCUCUGAAAUUCUUGGCCAGAUACAGGCAGAGGCUGCUCGACUGUUCAUAAGCUUGGAUCUCAAACAACAUCAGGUUCUUCGCCCUCUUCUCCCUGGAUUUCUUUCACGGCAGCUGGUUGGCUGAGAAAAGUGUUUUCCUUCAAGGCGAGGUUGUUGGGUUUUUUUGGAAACCUCCGUGCCUAACUCAUCACCAUGCAGCUUCUGCUGGGAGUUUUCUUCUUCUCCGUCCUCCUGGCUACAGGCAGUGCCUUGACUUGUGAAAUAUGCACCUCACAAGGUUCAGAUUGUACUGGUCAUACGCAAGAGUGUAAUUUUGACAAUGCUGUCUGCAUGACAUUGACGACUGAAUUAGGACCCCAGAAAAUAACAACCACUGCCAAAAGUUGCAAUACAAAAGAUGCUUGCAAGGGAUUGGAAGAUUUGAAAGGAAAGGCUAUCACUCAGCAAACAUCCACUGUUCCAGUUGGAGCGAUCAUUAAACAAGCUAUCUGCAGCAAAGCCCCUCCUUCCUUUGCAUCCUUCUUCCCAGCAGUCCUUGGGCUCCUCCUGGUGAAGCUUCUCUUCUAAAGUUCUUCCUUCCACCCAAGAAGUUGUCCCCUUUUUCUUGGCCUAUAUAUUCUCUCCAGCUGAUCAGGCGGGAUCUUCAAUGUUAUGCAUAGGUCUCUAUAUUUUCCCAAACUGAAACCAGUCAAGUAGACAAAUAUAUAAUCAGCCAAAUGGAAAUUAGUUAAGCCGACAAAUAUAUAAUCAGCAGCCUUGAAUGUGUGUUUGAAGAGGAAAAAAAUGUAUAAUUCAAAUACAGAAAACAAUAAAUAAUAAACAAUUGGAUUCCA